AGAUAAUAAAAGAGUGGUCGCGUAGAAUAAAGAAAAUGGAAGGAGUCAAUUGCCAAUAGGAAAUAUUGCUCCAGGCUGCUUUUGCGACACGAAAACGUGCUCUUUUUACUUACUAUCCUCUUCAAAAGUUUUAACCCCAAUUUUUAGGGUUUUUCUAGCUCUCGAUUCGCUGCAGUUUAAGCUUUUGCUCGAUCGCCCCUUUUACACCGCAAGCACCAUGGACGUCACCUCAGGCGAUCUCGACGCUCCGCAUUCUAUGGGUACCACCAUCAUCGGCGUCACUUACAACGGCGGCGUCGUCCUCGGCGCGGACUCACGCACUAGCACCGGGAUGUAUGUCGCCAAUAGAGCAUCCGAUAAGAUUACCCAGUUGACAGAUAAUGUCUAUGUCUGCCGAUCUGGCUCGGCAGCGGAUUCGCAGAUUGUAUCAGAUUAUGUGCGCUACUACCUUCAUCAGCACACGAUACAACUUGGGCAGCCUGCUACUGUGAAGGUUGCUGCAAACCUUGUCAGAUUGUUGGCAUACAAUAACAAGAAUAACCUCCAAACUGGCCUGAUCAUUGGUGGAUGGGAUAAGUAUGAAGGGGGUAAAAUCUAUGGAGUACCAUUAGGAGGAACAGUUUUAGAGCUGCCUUUCACCAUUGGAGGGUCUGGCUCGUCUUAUCUAUAUGGUUUCUUUGAUCAAGAGUGGAGGGAAGGGAUGACUCGAGAAGAAGCUGAGCAAUUAGUUGUGAAGGCAGUCUCUCUUGCCAUUGCUCGUGAUGGUGCCAGUGGUGGUGUUAUCCGGACUGUGACUAUUAACGAACAUGGAGCUAAUAGAAAGUUCUACCCAGGCGACAGCCAUCCUCUGUGGCACGAAGAACUUGCUCCCCAGGAUUCUUUGUUGGAUUCUACGCCGGCUGCCAGUCCUAUGAUCAGCUAAAUGAAAGUUGUUUUCGAACAUUUAUUUGCACCUAUAGUUAGUCUACUAUCAUUUGGUGCUGUUGAGCAUCUGUUUACUAUGCUGAGUAAUCAUUUGGUACUUUCUUAAUUUUAUUGUUCUUGUAUGAACUACUGCUUUUCUGUUAUUGAAACUUGCAUUUGUGACCAUGCUUUCUCAGCAAACACGACCAUUUUUUUCCCCUUAA